GAUUUAUCGAUUUUACACUCUGCACGUGCGAAUAUGAUGAAACCCUAAAACCCACCCCGAAUACAAAAACCCGCGUCUUAUAAAUAUAGAAGUAAAGCCACAGCUUCACUCUUACCGCUCCCUCAAAACCCUAAUCUUUUUCUACGAGUAGGGUUUUGCAGAGCCUCCAUUGUUGUUUCUUUUUUUCAAAAAAGAUUUAGGUUUUCUUUUAUUUUCUCGGUUUCCAUUGCUAACUGCUCUAGAAUCCUUCUAAGCACUUAAAGUUUUUAGUCUAUUUCUCCAAUGGGCAAGUCCAGCAAGAAGUCUGCUACUAAAGUUGAUGUAGCUCCGGCUGCAGUCCCGUCUUCCAAGCCGGUGAAGAAAGGUAAGAGAGCGGCUGAGGAGGUUGUGGAGAAAGAAGUGGUAGCGAAAAAGCAGAAAAGAGACGCGGCCGUUGAGCAGGCUGUUCAGAAGCAGAAGGUCGAAGCCAAAACACAAAAGAAGAAGAAGGUGGAGACUAGCAGUUCAGAGGAAGAUUCCUCUUCUGAAGAAGAGACGAAACCUGCUCCUAAAGUUAUUCCCUCUUCAAAGAAAGACACUCUGCCCACUAAGAAGGCUAAUGGCGUUGCUGCCCCUGCAAAGAAGAAGCCUGAUAGCAGCAGCAGCAGCUCAGAGGAUGAUUCCUCGGAUUCUGAUGAGAAGCCGGCUUCCAAGAACGUCAAAGCCGUGAAGAAGGGACCAAGCUCUGUCUCUACAAAGAAGGUCAAGGCAUCCAGUAGUUCAGAGGAAGACUCAUCUGAUUCUGAUUCUGACGAGGAACCAAAGGAAAAAGUUGUUGCAGCAAAAAAGAGUGUGUCUGCUACUACCCCCAAAGGAAAAGUGGAGUCAAGUUCAGACUCAGAUGACAGUUCGGAGGAGGAAGAUGAGCCUGCCAAGAAAGGUACUGCUGUUGUUUCUAAGAAGAAGAGUUCUGAUUCAGAUACUUCAGAAGAGGACAACAGCUCAUCAGAUGAAGAACCUAAAAACAAGGAAUCCAAAAAAAGCAAUGAACAGAAGAAAAUUCCCGCAGCUGCUAAGAACGGCUCUGCAGCUCCUACUAAAGAUGAAUCGAGUGACGAGUCUGAUUCAGAGAGUUCAGAUUCUGAUGAAGAUGUUCCUGCAGUGAAAUCUGCUACCAAGGCACCUGCUAGUGCUAAAAAGAAAGAGUCUAGUGAUAGUUCGGAAGAAAGUGAUUCUGAUGAGGAUGACAGCGGCUCUGACAAGGAACCAGCGGCAAAGAAGCCUGUUCCGGCUAAGGCUCAACCGGCCAAGAAGGUAGAAGAGAGUUCGGACAGUAGUUCUGAGGAGGAGGACGAGGACACUACUACAAAGAAGUCAUCUCUUCCUUCUGUGAAGAAAGAUACUGUGAAGAAAGGGCAAGAAAAGAUGGAUGUGGAUAGUGAUGAAAGUGAGGACGAAGAAGACAGUGAUGACAGUUCCAGCGAAAGUGAUGAAGAGGAGAAAAAACCACUAACAAAGAAGAAAGCGGAUACUGAUGUAGAAAUGGAGGAAGCUGCGUCACCAAAAUUAGUUGCCAAGCAAUCUAAGAAGGACGCACCUAAAACUCCUGUUACUCCUAAAGAUCAGAGUGGUGAAUCAAAGACACUCUUUGUUGGCAACCUGUCAUUUCAAAUCGAACAGGCUGAUUUGGAGAAUUUCUUUAAAGAUGUUGGAAAACCUGUUCAUGUUCGUUUUGCUUCUGACCAUGAUGGAAGGUUCAAGGGCUUUGGGCAUGUUGAGUUUGAGUCUCCUGAAGUUGCUAAAAAAGCUCUUGAAUUGAAUGGUGAACUCCUCCUAAAUCGUGAAGUAAGACUUGACAUGGCUCGAGAAAAAGGUUCAUACACCCCAUAUGACAGUAGAGAGAGGAACAACUCAUUCCAAAAAGGUGGUAGGGGCCCGAGUCAAACAGUAUUUGUUCGUGGAUUUGAUCGAUCAUUAGGAGAGGAUGAGAUCAGAAGUGCCUUACAGGAUCAUUUUGGGGCCUGUGGAGAUAUUAACAGGGUGUCGAUUCCAAAGGACUAUGAGACUGGCAAUGUUAAAGGGAUGGCUUACAUGGACUUUGGUGAUUCCGAUAGCUUCAACAAAGCUCUUGAACUUAAUGGCAGUGAACUCCAUGGCAACUAUCUAACUGUUGACGAGGCUAAGCCACGUGGAGACAGCCGCGAUGGUGGUGGUAGUGGAAGAGGCGGAUGGAGUGGUGGUAGGAGUGGAGGAAGAGGUGGUGGUGAUGGUAGAAGUGGUGGGCGAUUUGGAAGUGGGGGACGAUUUGGUGGUAGAGGAGGACGUGGUGGUGAUCGUGGCAGAGGUGGAAGAGGAGGUCGGGGAGGUUUCAACAAACCAAACAUGACUCCAACUGGGAAGAAAACCACAUUUGGUGAUGAUGAAUGAAAAAGAGGUCCAAGAUUAGUGGUGUGUUUCCCCUACAACUCACAAAAUGGCAUGAUCAGUCUCUUGUAGAAAGGGAAAAUUGUAAAAGCAAAUGAUGAUGGGGAAAUCAAAGUUUUGGCAUUUAAAGACAAAGACGUCCUAGUAUUUAGUAGUAGCUGAGUGUGAUUGCUUUUUUUGAAGAAACUCUUUAAUUUUUAUGGUUAUUUAAUUAUUAUUUUUCUCUCUCUAAAAUUAAUAUGUUCACUGACAACUAUUAUAUAUUUAGCAUCGCAUCAAUACAAUCAAAUCAUGCGCUGUCUUUGCUGUAUGAUAUUGCAUGAAGGAUUAUGAUUUUUAGUUCGAAAUUUUACACCACUUUUCA